GCAUAGAAACAGGGACUCCUCCCCUUCUGCAGAUUUCGGGGAGACGCUCUUCCUACGGUCAGCCCGUUUGACAGCCAGCAUUGGCGCAUUAUCUUUUAAAUUCAUGUCAUUUUCUCCUGUACAUACAGGUCAUUCAGAGACAAAAUAUUUUACUAAUUAUUUUCCUAAAGAAGCGUUGGAGAAGCCUCGUCUAGAAUGGGGAACAGAGACGAUGAAUACGACUUCUUGUUCAAAGUUGUGUUAAUUGGGGACUCGGGCGUCGGAAAGAGCAAUUUGCUCUCUCGGUUCACACGGAAUGAGUUCAACCUUGAGAGUAAGAGCACCAUCGGAGUGGAGUUUGCCACCCGCAGCAUCCAGGUGGAUGGGAAGACGAUAAAGGCCCAGAUAUGGGACACAGCUGGACAGGAACGUUACAGAGCCAUCACCUCCGCCUAUUACAGAGGGGCAGUUGGUGCUCUCCUAGUGUAUGACAUCGCCAAGCACUUGACCUAUGAAAACGUGGAGCGAUGGUUGAAGGAACUGAGGGAUCAUGCCGACAACAACAUUGUCAUCAUGCUGGCGGGCAACAAGAACGACCUGCGCCAUCUCAGGGCCGUGCCCACGGACGAGGCCCGGGCUUUUGCAGAGAAGAACACUCUAUCCUUUAUUGAAACUUCAGCCUUGGAUUCAACAAAUGUAGAAGAAGCUUUCAAGAACAUCCUUACAGAAAUCUAUCGCAUCGUAUCGCAGAAGCAGAUCGCCGAGCGGUCUGCCCACGACGAGUCCCCUGGAAACAAUGUGGUGGACAUAAGUGUUCCACCCACCACAGACCAGAAAGGGAACAAACUGCAGUGCUGCCAGAACCUGUAACCCAUUGACGACCAUCACCGUUCCUCCCUUUCUGUCAUCUCAAAGUGUUGUGCGUGCCGACUUUCUUCAUUUUGUGUAAUAUAUUUUUGUUUUUUGAUAGCUUGUUCACUCACAUAUUAAUGCCAUGAAAUUAAAUUUUAUAAUACAA